GUCUCUGGGUAUAUUUAAUUGUGAUCAGAAAUACCUUUUCUCAUGAUACAACAUCAAUUGAAUUGAAUGUCAUUCAAUCCAAAAAUAUAGUCACCAUUUCUGGAGGCAGUUCAAAUCCGAGAGAGGCAAAAAAUAACAUUUCGGAAAUCAAAAGGAAGUUCCACGUUCCAAAGUUCAUGCUUGAACUGUAUGAAAACAAUAAAAUGGGAGGGGAAAUUGACGAAAGGCCUGACGUGGUGAGGAGUCUGAUACCGACACAUGAAGAGCCAUUCCAUGAUAAUGAAAUAUUCGAGAAUCUUUCUGAAAACCACUUGCUCAUUUUUGAUAUACCAUCUUUAACAGAAGACGAAACAUUUGUCAAUGCUAAGCUGAAAAUAUUAACAUUAUUAGAUAUUGAAGCUGUCAGUAAAAUAGGUAUCCGAAGGAUUGUAAAAAUGUCUAUUUAUGAUGAUACUAUAAAACAAUUACUAGAUUUUCAAGAAAUUCCAAUCCAACAUCUAAACAAUUCGUGGGUAACUUUCGAUGUGACGGCUCCAGUGAAAAAUAUUUUACAGUCUGAUUCAAAAAGUAAAUAUAUGAAAAUUGUUAUUAGCGUAUCUGCUUUCCUUCCACAAGUCACAGAUACUGUCAAAUUAUCCUUAAUGCCAAUAGAGGAAAACUUUGAUCACGAAUACCCGGUAUUACUGUUGUCUUAUCAUUUGAAAGAAGACAGAAGUGGAAUUGAAAAUAGAGUAAUCGAAGGUGGCCAGAAAAUGGAAGAAAGAAGAAAACGGAGUUUAGAAGAUGAUUACGAAGAGGAUACCAAUAAAAUAUGGGACUAUGACAUGUCGAAUAGAAGAACUCAAAUGAAAAAAUUUAGGAAAAUGAGAAAUACUUGUAAGAAGAAGCCACUAUACAUUGAUUUUGCAGAAAUCAAGUAUGAUAUUUGGAUUGUCCAACCAGCUGGCUAUGAGGCUUACCAGUGCCAAGGAAGAUGUUUCUAUCCAGUUGCAGCACAUCUGAAUCCGACCAAACACGCUAUUUUCCAAUCGCUAUUGCACAGUGCUGCCCCAUCAAAAGUCUCCAGAUCGUGUUGUGUACCGACCAAGCUGGAUUCUAUUUCUAUUCUUUAUGUAGAUGACAAUGGUGUUCUUACAUAUAGAUAUGCUUAUAAAGAUAUGGUGGUUGUAGAUUGUGGCUGCAGAUGAUAUAAUAAAUUGUAA